AUGAACCAAAUGAAUCUUGGGAUGAAUCCCGGAGUUGGAGGGCCAGUUGGUGGUGUUCCGAUGAUGAAUAAUGGCUCCACCGCGCCUCGCAACGAUGGUGGUAUGAACAUGAAUAACCCCGAAGUCAUGAUCAACAAUCUCAAUACCUACAUCUACGACUAUUUUCUAAAGCGUGGCUACCAUGACUGCGCGCGGGCUUUGGUGCAAGAUGAAUCCAUCAAGAUCAACACGGACAAUGGAACGAAAACCAGCCCAGGAAGUCGUGGUGACAUGAACGGCAUCGACGGCGACUCCAUGAUGACCGAUGGCAAGGAUGGUGAAAAGAUCAAGAUCCCUGAUGAUCUGCCUCGGCCUAGCCUGCCCAACGAGAGCCUUCAGUCUUCUUUCUUGCUUGAUUGGUUCAGUAUCUUCUGGGACUUUUUCUGGGCUCAGCGGAAGCGCGGUAACAGUAACGACGUCCGACAGUACCUCCAGCACACUCAGAAUUUGAUGCGCAUGCGCGAACAACAGCACAACCAGAUGAUGCGUCAACAGCCCAUGAUGCCCGGUCAAGUUCCCCUUGGCGUCCGUCGUGCUACUAACGGCAUGGUCCCUCCUAACCUGCAGAAGGCGGCUCUGAACAAUGGCCUAACUCAACAACAAAUCGCCCAAUUCCAGAAGAACCAACAGCAGAUGCAAAUGAUGCAACAACAGAUUCAACGCGAACAGUCCGAGAUGGAAAUGAACGGAAACCGCCCGCAAUCGCCUGCCUCCGCCGAUAAUGCCCCCUCCCCAUCGAAACGCCCACGCCUCGAAGGCAACGCUGUGAACGGUCAGCAAUUGGCGCCCACUGGUCGAGGACAGGGACAGAUGCAGGGACAGCAAAACCCCCAGCAGCUGAUGAUGCAGAAUGGGAUGCAAAGAGCCAUGAACCCGGCGCAGUUCCCACAGUUCCAGCAAGGACAAGCUGCGCAACAAAAAUCCAUGCAGGUAUAUGCCCAAAACUUGGCUUCUCAUCACUCUCGCUCAGCACUGAAUUUCCAGGGUCCUAUGAAUGGUGGUAUGAUGAAUCCCGGUGUGAUGCCUAACCAGGCCGAUCUGGUGCCUAUGCCUGAUGGGCAAGGUGGUAUGUACCCUAUGGGUCCAGAAUACUACAACUCAAACGGUCAGCUCCAACAGGUCCGGCCUGGCAUGCAAACACCUGGCGGUCAGCAUGGGAACCAUGCUCUCCAGGAUUAUCAGAUGCAACUUAUGCUGCUUGAACAGCAAAACAAGCGCCGCCUGAUGAUGGCUCGUCAAGAGCAGGAUAGCAUGUCCCGUGCUGACGGUCAGCCCCCAAUGCCCGGCCAGGGAUUGCCUCCGGGCACAUCUCCUCAGGGCAGCAGGGCGGGUGCGUCCCCGAACCCCAGCGAACAAAUGAAACGAGGCACGCCCAAAAUGCCUCAGACCGGUCUGCCGGGCUCCCCAAGCGCCGGUGAUAUGGGCCAGAAUCGCGGAUCUCCUGGCUCCAUGAACCUCAAUGGCGGUCAGAUGCCGCCCGAAAUGGCAGCUGCCGGAUUCUUCCCCGGCCCCGGUGGUCAGAUGCGCCCCCCGAGCUCCAACCCGGCCUUUACUGGUGCUCAAAUGGGCCAGCCCAUCCCCGCCAACGCCAAUCGUAUGCCCAGUGGCCAGUGGCAGCCAGGACAACCUAUGCCACAGCAUUCGCCGGCAACUCAGCCUCAAGCUGGCACGCCGCAGGACCGCAACAACAUGCCUCCACCUCAAGCGCCACCGGCUGGCGCCAAUGCGGGCCGUGCCCAACCGCCUUCUCCCCAGACUACUGGUAAUGCGCCACCAACCCCCCAACAGUCUACAAAGGCUGCACCUAAGGGCAAAAAGGAUGGUGCGAAGGAGACGACUCGCAAGCGUCCUAACAAGAAGAACGCUGCCGCUGCUGCUACUGUCGCAACCCCGUCGACCGAGGCCAAUGAGCCUACUCCGACGCCAUCCACUCCUGUCACUCCCCAUCCUCCUCCCAAUUCAUUCCCCAAGGGUGGACCCAAUGCCACUGCGGGCGCUGCUCCUCAGCAGUCUGCGGCUCCUGUGCCUCCUCCUAUGGUUCAACCCUCGCAAGACCCGAACCAGCAAACCUUCAACGACCUCUCAAUUCCAGAUACCAACGCUUUCAAUCUUGACUUCAGUGCUCUGGAUAAUCCCGAUAUACUGGAGAGCUUUGACUUUGACACAUUCCUCAACACUGAUGGAGACGCAACUGGCUUUGGCUUUGACCCAAGCAUGGGCUACUCCGCCGAUGGCGUUGAGACUGGGGCUGGUGACACCCUUUGA